AAAAUGUAGAUUACAAAUUAAUCCCUUCUCUUUGCAGGCUAUUUUAUGAAAUCUAAAUAUCGAUAGUUUGGCAAUGUGGCGCUGCCACCUUGGCAGAUAUUACAGUUGGGGUUGUGCAGUAGCCCUGGCGAAUCGAAAACUUAAAUAUCGGUCGAGUUCCACAAAUUUUUUCUCAAAUCUCUCGUUCGCUGUUCGAUUUGCAGUUGUUUUUUGUGUACAAAACGACAUAAAUGAUGGCUGAAAAUUCAGCCACAGAGGACGCGAUACCGCCUGAGGCGGUAAAUAAUGAGGAUUCGGAUAAAGAUAUCAGUGCUAAGCCGCUGCCAAUGUCUUUCGCCGAUUGGAAGAAGUGCAAAGUGGCAAAGGAGCCAGGAGGGGUUGCACAAGGAAUGCGCAACGGCCGCAAAAUCCAUAAAAAUGACAACAAAUUGCAGGGCAACCAGCGCAAUCACAAUAAUAACAACAAUGGCAACAUGAAUAACAAUUCAUUUCCACCGCUCAGCCGACCACCGCCGCUGCCUUUUCCCCUGAUGUCCAUGGGCUUUGGCAACUUUGGGCCCGGCCCUGGUCCAUGUGGCUCCGGCCCUGGUCCCUGUGGACCCGGCCCUGGUGCUUGUGGACCCGGCCCUGGUGCUUGUGGACCCGGCUCUGGACCCUGUGGACCCGGUCCAAUGAUGCCGCCAAACAUGGGCAAUAUGGGCGGCAACAAUAUGGGCAAUAUGGGUCCCGGGCCGGGCCCACGCAAUCAUCGUCCGUUGCAGCCGCCGCCAUUCUGGGAGGACAUGAUGUCGCCGCAGCUUCGGCCGCCGCCCAUACAGCCGCCCAUGCCCAAGUGCCCGAGCCUAUGGAAUCUGGUGCCCAAGGAAAAGCAGGCGAAUCAACGACAACACAAACAGAACAACCAGAACCAACAGCCGCACAAAAAAUACAAAACGAGCAACAGCAACAAUAACAACAACAACAACAGCAGCAGCAGCAGCAGUAAUAACACUGUCAGCAAUGCUUUGCUGGAUGCGGCAUUGAUGCCGCCACCGCCCCCACCUGGAGACAACAGCGGGAGCAGCUCCACUUCCUCCAAAUCGAAUAAGUUGAUCAAGAUCAAAAAGGGCGGCGACACCUUUGUCCAGAUCGAUGGCAAGUGGAUACAGCGACCCGAAGCACCUCCUCCAUUGGAAGACGCACCGCCGGGCACCAAAGAGGAUCGUCAGCGUCAGUGGCGUGAAUAUCGUCAGGCCAUGAAACCGUUCAAGAAUCGUGAAUUCCACAAUUGGAAACGCACCGUGCAGCGUCUCAGCAAAUUGCCACGCGAUCAGCUGGACGAAAAGCAGCUGGAGCGUCUGCAAAAAGCCGAGGAAUACAUUGGCGCACACAAGGCAAUGCUGACCAUUAAGCAUGCCGAGCAGUGGGUGCAGCAGUGUAACCAACAAUCUGAAGCCACCACCAGCGACGGCAAGAGUCAGGUGUUUGUCCGCAAGCCCGUGAGCGUCCAUUGGCAAAAUAAGGUCACCAACGAACCAAAAACAUUUCAACGUGGCGUUGCGCCCGUACGCAAUCCAAUCUUUGCCACCGGACGCGCCAUCAAAGGCGGCGUUCCUGGCGAUGCGGCCAGCGUUGCGCCCGUCGUCAAUCCAACAAUGCCCGCAAUGGGUCAGUUUUCGGAGCUGCCGGCACCGCCCAUGAGCGGCGGCUACUUUGGCUACAACAGCAGCAAUCCCUACGGACAGGACACCGCCGGCAACACCAACCACACCAACAGCAGCAGCAGCAGCGGCGGCCUCGGCAUGCUCAGCGGCAACAGCAGCUCGUUUUACACCAACUACACCUCCGGCUUCAUCAAAGGAGGCACCCUACUGCCACCCUAGAAGGCUGCCGAGACAACGCCCUGGAGCGAGAAUUACACCUAGUUAUAUAAAUAAUAUAAUUAUAAUUAUGAUUAAUACUGAUAGGCAAUGUCGACGCGUUGUCUUAGCAGCCUGCGCUAUUGGAUUGUAAAGAAAUUAAUAAAAAAAUAACUUAUACCAAGGCUUAGCUUGACUCUCGCAUCUCGAGUCAAACAAAA